AUGACCCGACCGCUCUCUACCUCCUCCAACAGCGAGUCCAUCUCCGCCCAGCUCAAGCGACGCAACAUCCCCUCUUCACUCCCUCGCGACAUCCUCUCGUUCCUCUUGCACUACCCCUCGCAGUCGCCCAACCCGAAGCGAAACGCCAACCUCCUCUUUUACAAGAAUCAACAUCCUGCACGACCGAGGAGGACUAAUUGCGAGGAGUUGCAGGACGUGCUGAGAGGGAAUUGGGACGAGUUGGAGGGGAGACAUGAUUUUGUGCAGUGGUUCUUUCCGAUCCGCGAACAAGGGGUGAACUGGGACGCCCAGCCGCUCGAACUUCACGAGAGCGAGGGGAUCAAGUCUGACCCAGCGGCCAUGUCGCGCUUCAUCGAGUCCUACCGCAUCAUGCUCGCCUUCUACGGCCUCACCCUCGUCGACUCCCGCACAGGCGAACUCGCGCUGCAAGACGAGGUGCCCGCCCCGCAUCCGAGUAGCUACCUGAGGAGGUUGAGGAAUCUGGAGGAGAGGAGCCAUAACUGGUUGAGGGUUACGAGGAUCUUGAAGUGUCUGGAGGAGUUCGGCCUAACCCCUCACGCCCCCUCCCUCCUCCUCUUCCUCCUAACCCUCCAAUCGCCUCCUCAUCAACUCCUCACCUCCCCCGCCCUCUGCCGCUCGAUGGACUCCUACUGGCGCUGGUGCGUCCGCGACGACGAGGAUCGCGAGUUUGUGGGACGGGUGGUGGAGAGGGUGAGAAGCGGUGGGUCGUGGAGCGAGGAGGAGUAUAGGGAGUGGAUUUGGAGGAGGACGGAGGAGAAGGCGAGGAACAGCGAGGCGGGGACGAACGGGGCGAAGGAGGAGAACGGCAACGACGAGGCGAACAGCGCGGAAGGAAAGCUGUAA